GGUCAAGCAUUAAAUUUUAAUAAUCAUUAUAUAUAUUUUAUCAUAUUUUGAUAUUAAUUAAUUUUUGUUAUCAUAAGUGACUGUGAACUUCACUUUAAAUAUUUCUACACGAAAUCAAUAUUACAGUGGCUUUUAGAGAGGCGUGUUGCGCACGAACAUUAAAAAAAAUCGAAUAAAUAGUCGUCUGCAGGAAGACUCAGAACAGACGUCACAAUACAUCACGACAUUGUAUACCAUAACAGUAGAGCGCGAGCAAGUGUCAAUUUGAUUAUUGUCAUCGUUCCUGUGACUAUCGAUAGUUCUGUAAGUUUGGAAUUUCUACCGAUGAUCGACAAAUUGUGUAUACGUAUUUCUGUGGGUGCCGUGAGGCGGCGAGAAAGGCCACCUCUUUAAAUUAAAAGAAGGAAUGACGCUAGAGAAUCCGUUCUUUGUCGUCAAGGACGAAGUUUGUAAAGCCUUAAAUAAAAAUCGCGGUUUAUACGGGCGCUGGACGGAAUUACAGGAUGUUGUCACGAGUCCUACUGUGAGUGGGGGAAUCCCAAUCUCACGCGACGAAUUAGAGUGGACUACUACUGAAUUACGGAAAGCUUUACGUUCAAUCGAAUGGGAUCUUGAUGAUUUAGAAGAUACGAUUUGUAUUGUAGAAAAAAAUCCAACAAAGUUUAAAAUAGAUAAUAAAGAAUUAACGGUUCAACGAAGUUUUAUCGAACAAACACGAGAAGAAGUUAAGACCAUGAAGGAUAAAAUGAAUUUAAGUAGAGGUCGGGAUCGUGAUAACACAGCAAGGCAGCCACUUUUAGAUAAUAGUCCUGCUCGAGUUCCUGUCAAUCAUGGCACAACAAAAUAUAGCAAAUUGGAAAAUGAAAUUGAUAGUCCAAAUAGACAAUUUUUAGGAGAUACCUUACAACAACAAAAUGAUAUGAUGAGACAACAAGAUGAGCAAUUAGAUAUGAUAGGUGAAAGUAUUGGAACAUUGAAAACAGUAUCUAGACAAAUCAAUACUGAAUUAGAUGAACAAGCAGUUAUGUUAGAUGAAUUUGGUAAUGAAUUAGAAGUAACGGAUUCUAAAUUAGAUGCAACAAUGAAAAAAAUGGCCAAAGUUCUUCAUAUGAGUAAUGAUCGGAGACAAUGGGUAGCCAUUGGAGUGUUGACCGCUAUAUUGGUGUUUCUAAUAAUUUUAUUUAUAAUUAAGUGAAAUGUUUAAUUUUUUAGUUUCCCUAAGAAUUUAUUGGUUCUUCUUCAUAGCAUUUAGAUGAAUGUGUUAACUUCUGUUUUAAUAAUAAAUUAUUAAGUUAGCGAUAAUCUAUGAUCCAUUAUAAUAAAUAUUUAUAGUUAUUAUUUUUGACAGGAUCUUUAUAAAACU